UUGCAAAUUUAUCAAUUUAAGGUCUACUAUCAUAUCGAUGAUGAGAAAACUCCGUAUUGCACGGACGUGCAAGUGCCACCCGACAGGAUAACGUUGGGCGAUUUCAAAAUGGUUCUGAAUCGCUCGAAUUUCAAAUACUUUUGCAAGGCACCUGCACCCGAUUCUGCGGUUUUCGAGGAAGUGAAAGUGGAAAUACGUGAUGAGAAUGAGCGAUUGUAUAGAUCUGCGAAUGGACAAUUCGAAUUGUUUUUGCUGACGUCCGAGGGAAGCAGUCAUUCGGAUGGCUCAACUGGUCUUCCGUUGAAGGCUGCCCGUCAUCAUUUGGUAGGUUCAUUCAUUCAUUUCGUUAUGGUUCAUUUGGUUUUGUUUUGA